AUGAACAGAAAACCACGGGAUCAAACUGGUGAAAUCGAAGAAGAAGCUGAUUAUGUCAAUGAACCAGUGUGCACUGUGGAUAAUGUGGAAGACCCUCCAGUCCGCAACAAACUCAGCUCAGACAUUGAAAUCUUGAAGAGAGAUAACGACAGUCUGAACCUGCAGCUGGGCAACCUGAUACUAAACUUUACUGUCUUAGAGAUCAAGGUCGCAAACCUGACUGCACAAAACCAGCAGCUGAGGAACAACUUUACAGAACAAAUAACAAACAUGGAGACAAACUGGAUUAAUCUCAACGUCAGUCGAGCUCAGUGGAGCGUUGAUGCCUACUGUCCUGAUGUGAAUAAAAAGACACAGUGUACAGCUUGUCAGGAUGGCUGGAAACUCAACGAGGCCAGCUGCUAUGCAUAUAAUAAUCCUGAUCUAGCUAAUCGGAAAACCUGGGAAGAGGCUCGAGAAGACUGCAGAGGAAAAGGUUCAGAUUUAGCUGUUGCACAUAAUCAACAGCAAAAGGAGGCGAUCAGUUUUUACAGCGAAGGUAGUUCAGGAUCUAAUGGAUACUGGAUCGGUCUGAGAGUUGAAGAUGAGAGAUGGAAGUGGGUUGAUGGAAGUGAGCUGACUGACAACUCCUGGAUAGCAGAUCCUACCGUCGGUCACUGUGCAGUUUCUAUCCGGUACAAAGGAUGGAAAUUAGUGAGCUGUGGUGAAAAACAACGAUGGAUCUGUCAAAAGAACGAUUUUCUGUUUAAACUCUGCAGUCAUACUACUGAAUACUCUGUAAAGAUCAUAUCAACUGGCCUGUAAAUGUCAAACUACAAGGACUUUUACUUCCCAAUUUUCAAUUUCAGUUUUUUCAAAAAUAAACAUUUAAAGAACUUUUAUUUUUUUUAUAGAAAAAAGGGAGAACAUUGUAGAAAGCUGUUUCUGUGUCACUCAGAUGUAAAAUAAUAUUGUGUAUUAUAUAGCCUACAAUACAGGAGGGACUGUGUGUCCCAGCAUUUGGGGAAAAUACAGUAACUGGACUGAAGAGGCACUAAACUGUUAAUUAUUGAUACGUUUGAAUGUGCUUUUCUUUUACUUUAUCAGAGAUUUAGUGCUUAUAAUUUGUUUAUCAGUAUAUUAUUGUCGCUGGUUGACCAACAGAGGGCGCUGCAUCACUUGUUUCCAUUAGUAUUCAGAUUUUUUACAAUAUUUACCUGUACAGCUGAUCAUUAAGUGUUAUCUGAAAAUCAUUUCAUUAUGUAUUCUAUUAAACUGA